AUGGCCAUGGACGAGGGGAUCCGCCUGUUGGUGGCAGGCCAGCAACAUCAGGGAACUGCUAUGCAAGGGCAGCAGCAGCUGACCCAGGCCCUACAGAUGCAAUUAAUGGAGAACCUGCAAUGGCAACAGGAGGUCCAGUUUGUGGUGCAACAAUGGUGGCAGGAGAUCCACUCCAACCAGCAGGAGUGGAUACAGAGGCAGUCGGGUCACACCACACCCAAGAACCCAGUCUGUGAUGGAACUGGUGAGAGGAACAGCGCAUGGCAGGGGCCUUAUGCACAGCGCAUGGCAGGGGCUUCUGGCUUCAGAUAUGGUGGGUUCUACCCUCAAAUCCACUACCAGAUUGGAGAAACCUAUGGCAAAACCACCUCUCGCCUGCUGACAGACUACAGUGUUCCAAAGAGCUCUUGCUCUGUGCUGGCACCCCUGGUGAAGCCAAGGUUCAUAGAGGACUUUAGUGGUACAAAGCAUCCUUCAAACCAGAUGCUGGAUCAAAACUACAGUUACUUUCCCAGAUACACUGGCAGAGGAGCGGCCAGAGGGCUCCGCGUGCUGCCUCUUCCCACAGGUGCUGCCCCUGCAGCUCCCAUUGGCCAGAGCGUGGGGAGCCACACGGAGCCAGGGUUCAUUCCCUACCAAAAUGCUCAGUUUGGACCAUGCUGUCCCACACCAGCCACUGAAUCAAGAGCCCCACUGCUAAUGGUAUUGCCAGCACAGGGACAACAGUCGUGGGUGGACACAGACACUGGUGACUCUAUGCAGCUACGUGAGCAGAGAAAAUAUAUCCCCUGCCAUCCUGGCAUUAGAUUGGCAUGUGGGCAUGGAUGGAAGAGUUCAUCCUCCCCUACUGGCACGCCACUGGCAUCUGAGCAGGAGGAGAGGAAGGCACCUUGCUAUCCUGACAUUGCACUGGCAUGUGGGCAAGGAUGGAGGAGCUCUCCCUGCCCCCGUGGAACCAAACAGCCUGUUAGGAUUGAGGGAGUGCCUUUGGAUGCAGUGAUUGAGACAGUGGAUGUAAGCAGAUAUAAUCAGCUCCCAAAGCUGGAUGUCCCAAACCUGAUCCAACGGAAAGCCAUUUCAGGCUACACUGGAUGCAUACCGCGCUUCACCUGGAUUAUGGGUGUUAACUACCUCCAGGGAGUUAAAGAUGCCAUGAAUGAAUUUGACAGAAAUCAGCGCGCCCCGGUGGCCGGCGCGGCGGGUGGGUCCGGUUCUCCAGGCCCCGGGGCGCGCAUGCCGGGCCCGGCGCUGUGCGGGCGGUGCCGGGAUUGGCCCGACCCCGCCCCCGCUCGGCCCACGGACUCCUUGCAGCUCCGGCGGUAG